AAAACAAAGCAAGCUAUAGCUGUUCAUGUCAUAACAAAAAGGCUCUUCGGAAUGUGUGCCGCGCUUGCACGUUGAUAAGGGAAAUAGAAAAUGCGUAGCGGCUGUUGCAUGGUUUGUAAUUGAUGUGACUCUCUUCGCUUGUAGUGUAAAAGUGUUUUAAUCCCUCGUUUUUUGGUUUGUGUUGCAGCUGGUGGAAUGAGGAAUUUUCAUUCGCCCUAUUUCCGUGACUCUAGUGACAGUGAAGACGACGUUGAAAUUGAUAUCGAACAGUUAGGCAUACCGCACUUUUUAACUGCCCGCACCGAGGAACUUAUAGACCUCGUGGAAUAUUCGUCCGACGGUGAGGACGGAUAUAUCGGUACACCCGGAUUGUCGGUCAUGGAUGACACGGAUAGCGAUGAUACGUACGAGGAGAUAGAUGACAGUCAAAUGUCAGACACAAGCUCGGGUUCCGACAUGGAAGAGCGAGCCACCGAUGCGGCAAGCGGUAACAAGGAAGAACCGGCAAAAAGAGCGUCAAAUGGCGAAGGUACAUCAGAUUCGGAUUCGGGUUCCGAUACGGAGGAGCGAGCAACCGAUGCUGCAAACGGUAACAAAGAUGGACAAGCAAAAAAGACUCCAGAAGGUGAAUGUACGUCAGAGUCCGGUCCGUCGCAUCGAGUGAUUGACGAUUAUGAUGAGGAGAUGGAGGAUGAUGAAGUGAUAAAAGCUAUCAUUUCCGAAAUCAAGAAACCCCGCUCAAAACCACCGGACAUUCAGACGGAAGAUUUUGUCGUGGAUCUAUCGUUCCAUCCGAGCAAAGAUAUCCUUGCCGUUGGAACGUCGGUGGGCGAUGUGCUGAUGUAUAAGUAUGCGAACGAGCAAAACGUCCUGGCGGCCACGCACGAACUGCACACAAAAGCGGUCCGUUGUGUGGAGUUUACACGCGAUGGAAGAUCCAUCAUCUCGACUGGUCGCGAACGUUCGAUUGUGGUAGCUGAUACGGAAACGGGUAAAUUUAAACGGUUCUGGGAAGCGGCACACGAUGAACCGGUCUACUCGAUGGCAGUACUCGGGGAGCAUCUGUUCGCGACCGGUGAUGACGAUGGCACGGUGAAGCUGUGGGAUUUACGACAGAAAGAUGCGGUAUUUUCGUUGCGACCGGUAGAAGACUUCAUUUCAUCCAUCCUUUCGAACGGCCUGCAACAGAAGUAUCUCCUGAUGACGAGCGGAGAUGGUCUUCUAACGACGAUUAACAUUGCUCAACGAAAAAUGUACGUCCAGUCAGAACCCUACGAAGAAGAGCUCAAUUGUAUGGGAACUUUCAAGCGUGAAAGCAAACUAGUGGUGGGCACCUCUAAGGGCAACUACUACACAUUUAAUUGGGGCCAGUUUGCUUACCAUUGCGACGCGUUUACGGGACCAAAGGCGAGCGCAAACCGUAUGGUGCCGAUUACGGAACAAAUUGCCGUGAUGGCCGGUGAGGAUGGUAUCAUCCGUGCCGUGCAUCUGGUGCCGGGCCGCGUGCUUGGUAUCGUCGGUCAGCAUUCGAUGGCCAUCGACACGAUGGACAUCAGUGGGAGCGGAGAGCUCAUCGCCACCAGCUCGCAUGACAACGAUGUGCGCUUCUGGAAUAUCAAAUACUUCGAAGAAUUCGACGGUAUUAAAUACAACAGCAAACCGGACCAGCGGGCGUUGAAGCACAAUCUGCCCUCGUCGCAGCGUGUCAAUGCGAAAGACUUCUUUGCCGGGUUGAAUGAGUAGGAGACGAGCUAAAGAUAUAGCAGAUGCUGUAUUGCACGUUUGGGUAAACGUAUCUGCAACGUGAAGAUGGUCAGUGUUUUCCACGGAAAGUUAAUUUGUUAUUUUCAAUAUAAACCGAUCUUGUCUCUAUCAGAUAUUUGGCUAGGGUUACCUUGCCUAAUGGAUGAUAAGUCCUGCGGUUGAAAGGUACGGUCCCAGCCAUGAUGCUGUUGACCAUCCGAUCGACCAAACAAUCUUCUGGAUUGCAUUAUUUUUUCCGUAUCGGCCUGCUAGCUCAUGCCUGCCUUGUACUGUGGCUUGCGGGACAGAUUUGUGUUUCCCGUCUGUCUUUAAAGUAAGGCAUCGCACUACCUGGGGAGAAUCGGUGCAGUUUAACUUCGAACCCAUAACUUGAGGUUUGCUGGGCCGAGCAUUUAGCACGGCGCUAAACAGAACUUCUCAAAAGCCUGUUCUUUUCAAUAUAGCUGUGUAGUUCUUCGAGAAAUAAAAUAAAAUGUAUUUUAAUUCCAAA